AAAAAUGCCCAACAAGUUUGUUGGACGGAUUGAGAACUGGAAUGAAAUUAUCAACGACAAAAUCGCGGACAGUUGGUUCGGUCGUUAUUUCAGAUUGGAUGGCUCAGGACACAAGAGAGCUCGUACAGGUGCUAGGUUUACAGAAGAAAUCCGUGCUGGUAUCACGACUUUCGUUGCAAUGGCAUACAUCAUUUCAGUCAAUUCCAACAUUCUUAGAGGGUGUGGUGGUACAUGCAAAUGCGAUGAUUAUGAUGGUGGUUGCGAUGAUCCUGCUUACAGUGACUGUACAAGAGAAUUCUACAGAGAUAUGAUUACAGCGACAUCAGCUGUUUCUUGCAUUGGCUCAUUUCUAAUGGGUGUUUUAGGUAAUUUACCUGUUGCUGUUGGUCCAGCUUUGGGUACGAACGCAUACUUUGCCAACGCCGUCGUUGGUUCAAACAAUAGUGGUAGAACAAGCUACGAGACUGCACUCGGUGCUGUUUUCUUAGAAGGUAUUAUUUUCGUCGUUUUGGCUAUGCUCGGUGUGCGUGCAUGGCUUGCUCGUUUGGUUCCACGUUCAAUUGCCCUCGCCGCUGGUGCUGGUAUUGGUUUCUAUAUCGCAUUCAUAGGUUUAUCUCCUUCAGAUGGCCAAAAAAGCUGUGCUACUUCAGAGAUAAUGCGAUCACCUACAAUGUGGCUUGGUAUUUUCUGUGGUGGUGUAGUCACAAUUUAUCUGAUGCUUUAUCGCGUUAAGGGCGCUAUAUUCUUCGGUAUCAUUUUGGUUUCAAUUAUUUCCUGGCCAAGACCAACACCUGUCACUUACUUCCCUCACACUCCAGAGGGUGAUAAAAAUUUCAACUUCUUCAAGAAGGUUGUCACAUUCAGACCAAUUAAGCAAUCAGCUGGUGUUCUCAACUUUGAUUACAGUGACGGCCAUACUUGGAUUGCCCUCAUUUCCUUCCUUUAUGUUGAUUUAUUAGAUGCUACUGGAACCCUUUACUCUAUGGCAAGAUUCGCCGGAGUCAUGAAUGAGCGUACACUCGAUUUUGAAAAUUCAACACUGGCUUACUCGGCUGAUGGUAUAUCUAUUAUAAUUGGUUCUACUAUGGGUAGUUCACCAGCCACUGCUUUCAUUGAAUCAGCUGCUGGUAUUGCUGAAGGUGGUAAGACAGGUAUCACUGCAAUUACAUGUUCAUUCUUAUUCUUCGUUUCUAUUUUCUUUGGUCCAAUUUUUGCAUCUUUCCCCUCUUGGGCAACUGGAAGUACGUUGGUCAUUGUCGGAUCAUUGAUGGCCAAGAACAUUGUUGAAAUUAACUGGGGAUACCUCGGAGAUGCUAUUCCUGCAUUCUUAACUGUUAUUAUGAUGCCACUCUCGUACAACAUUGCGUAUGGCCUUAUUGCCGGUAUUUGCUCGUAUAUUGCACUCAAUAUAGUUCCAGCAGCAAUUAGAAAGCUUACUAAGAACAAGGUUUCACCACCAGAUUGGGACCGUAAAGAUGUAUACUGGGAAACACAAAGAGCAUACUUGGUUCCACCAUGGAUGAAACGUCUGGCAAAAGGUGACAAGCAAUUCUGGAAGGGCGAUGAUGAUACUGAAAUUUAUCAUGAUGAUAUAUACCACGAAACGGAAGCUGAAUCUGUCAGUUCGAGAAGAAGCGGAAGAUUACGAUCUACAAAUGAUACAUCCAGAUUUGAUGAAAAAUCGUUUGCAGAGGAUGAUGAUGGCAGUGAAAACAACCACAAAUCACAUCACAAUGUUGGCAGUAUUCCACUGGAUUCUUCAGCCAUCCUAACAAUAGAAAAAUGAAGUGCACUACAAAUAUUAAGUUGGCAAACAGUUCUGGGAUAUACUGUAAAUUUUUUCGUUGUUUAUUUUUUAUCGUUUUCUAUUUGUCUUAGAUUACUCCUUAUGGAAAUUAUUUUGGAUGAUUUGUAUACAAGUUAUAAAAUUCCUUUUUUUAAA